GCUCGUGAAAAGACAGGAGCUCAUGCAUCCGUGAUCUACGUACCCGCUCCCUUCGCGGCUGGCGCCAUUGACGAAGCGAUUGACGCUGAAAUUCCUCUCGUCGUAUGUAUAACCGAGGGAAUCCCACAGCAAGACAUGGUUCGUGUGAAGAAUCGUCUCAUGAAACAGAACAAGACUCGCCUUCUGGGUCCGAACUGUCCAGGAAUAAUAUCGGCGGAAGAGUGCAAAAUAGGCAUUAUGCCGGGACAUAUUCACAAAAAGGGUAUUAUUGGUAUCGUGUCACGGUCUGGUACGCUCACAUAUGAGGCAGUACAUCAGACGACGGCCGUUGGUCUCGGUCAAACGCUGGGUAUAGGAAUAGGAGGCGAUCCUUUCAAUGGCACGAACUUCGUCGACUGCCUUACUAUUUUCCUAGAAGAUCCUCAUACGAAAGGAAUAAUUCUGAUUGGAGAAAUCGGUGGUUCUGCAGAGGAAGAAGCUGCAGCAUUCUUGAAAGCAAAUAAUGUCGGUAAGUCAGCGAAGCCUGUAGCAGCAUUCAUCGCUGGUUUGACUGCUCCGCCAGGGCGGAGGAUGGGACAUGCUGGCGCAAUUAUCAGUCACGGAAAGGGUACUGCCACCGAGAAGAUUAAGGCGUUGAAAGAAGCAGGCGUGCAUGUAACAGACUCACCGUCAGAACUCGGUACUACCAUUGCGAAGGCCCUCUUAGACGAAGUAGCUCACCUUUAUGACAAAUAG